AUGACGAUCCCAACCUCUGUACAAGCGACGGAGCAUGGCGGCCCACGAGUGUCGUCCAUGUCGAGCAUCAAGCAUUCGGACAACAAAGAAGUCGAAAAGAAGACGGCAUCGGUCACCGCACAAGGCGAGGGAGAGCUGUCGAAGCUCAAAAUCCUAUCCAUCCUGAUCAUGAUGGGGCUGCUCAUGUUCUUGGUCGCGCUGGACAAGACGAUCAUUGGCGUUGCACUGCCAUCGAUCUCGAACGAGUUCCAUUCGCUAAAGGACAUUGGCUGGUACGGCUCGGCGUACAUGGCCACGAACGCGGCUCUGCAGCUCGUCUGGGGACGCGUCUACAAGAGCAAUCCGGUCAAGCCCAUCUUUCUUGCUGCCGUCGUCAUCUUCGAGACGGGAUCGGCGAUUUGCGGAGCAGCGCCGAAUUCCAAGGCGCUCAUUGUGGGCAGAGCUAUCGCGGGCGCUGGAGGGGCAGGCAUCACCAAUGGAGUCAUCUCGAUCGUCAUGGCCGUCGUUCCGCUCGAGAAGCGCGCGACGGUGCAGGCGGCCAUGGGAUCGGUAUUCGGUGUCGCAAGUGCCAUGGGACCUCUGCUUGGCGGUGCAUUGACGGAGAAUGUGUCGUGGCGAUGGUGUUUCUAUAUCAACCUGCCGUUCGCGGUCGUCGCCCUCGUUCCGGUCAUCUUCUUCCUCGACGGAUCCAAGACGGCGGACAAGGGCAAGAAGAUGCUGCCCUUCCUCGAGCAGAUUCGCCAAAUCGAUCCGCUCGGAGCGCUGCUCAUCCUUGGCAGUAUCGUCUGCCUUGUGCUUGCACUGCAAUGGGGCGGACAAGCAUCUUCCACUACGGAUCUCUCCUCGUGGAACACACCGCGGGUGAUCGCACUACUCGUGGUGUUUGGAGUCACUUUGCUCGCAUUUGUGGCGUGGCAGAUGUACAUGCAGGAUCGGGCACUGCUGCCUCCGAGCAUCUUUGUCGAGAGGUCGGUGCUGGGCUCGUUCUGGUACAUGUGGUUCUUCGCCGGCUCCAUGACGGUGAUCUUCUACUACGUGCCCGUCUGGUUCCAGGUGGUGCAGGGAGUGGCACCAAUCCAGAGCAGCUACCGCACACUGGCAACCAUCGUGCCGUUUGUGGUCGCGAGCAUCUUGGGUGGCGUUGUCACCAAGAAGACCGGAUACUACACGCCGCCGAUGCUGCUGCCUCCAGUGCUGGGAGCGGUCGGCUUGGGGCUGAUCAGUACCUGGGGUCCGAAUGCGAGUCGAGCAGCGUGGGCUGGGUACCAGGUGAUGUACGGCAUCGGGAUGGGUGCGGCCAUGACGGGCUCUUCGCUCGCAGUGCAGGCUGCGUUGCCGCAUAGCGAGGUGCCGAUCGCGAUUGGAGCGGUGUUCUUCGCGCGAGAGAUGGGCAGCGCGGUGUUCGUGGCGACGGCCGAGAACCUGCUCUCUUCGCAGCUUGUCAAGGGCCUGCAGCAGGUUGCGGAGCUGCGCGAUGGAUCGGUGCAGCUGGCGCAGUCUGGACCGUCGCAGAUCCGGAGUGCGGCGCAAAGCCUGGGCGAUGGCGUGCUGGAGGAGGUGAUCAGGAUCUUCAAUGCGGCACUGCGCCAUGUGUGGUACCUAGCGUUGGCGCUGACGCUGGCCACAGUCGUGCCGUUCUUCCUGAUCCGAUGGCUCAACGUCAACGAGGUUGCCAAGGAGCGCGCUGCGGAGCGCGAAGCGGCGAAAGUAGAGGUGCAAAAGGUCGCAGAGGCUUGA